UUCCGUUACUUAUUUAUCUAUGGUAAUGUUUUUCUUUUGUGGAUAAUUAUGUCAAUGUUUUAGAAUCAUGUUUUGAGGUAUCGUAAUAUUAAAUAUUUGUUGCGUUGUAACGAAAAAUUAUUGUGGUUGGAAGUGGAGAAUGACAGAAGACGAAAAAACUAAAAAGGCUGAAGAAAUCUUGAAGUCGUUUCAAAUCAACUGGAUCUGCUUACGCGACGCCGACGGCGGCAAAGUUUUCUGGCAAGGCAAAGAGGACAUCAGCCUUCCAGGCGUCGAGCAUGAAGCUAGAGUACCUAAAAACAUCCUCAAAUGUCGUGCAGUAUCUCGAGAGUUUAGUUUUAGUUCCAAGAAGCAAAUUGAAAACUUUCGCCUGGAACAAAAGGUAUUAUUUAAGGGACGGUGUCUCGAGGAGUGGGACUUCGAAUUUGGUUUUGUUAUGCCGGAAUCGACAAACACAUGGCAGUCUAUCAUGGAGGCCGCUCCCGAAUCGCAAAUGAUGCCUGCCUCUGUGCUGAACGGCAAUGUAGUCGUAGAAACUAAGUUUUUUGAUGAAGAUUUACUAAUAUGUACCUCUAGGGUCAGAUUGUUUUAUGUUUAAUUAUUGUUUAAUAUUUAACUUUUUUUUCAAGCAUUCCAUGGCCUUAAAGAAUAAUUUUUGUUCAAAUCUACCAUAAAAUCAAUUGUAUAUUCAGGUGAGAAAUUGUUUUGUUGAACAAUUUAAGUAACUUUGACCAACUUAAUCAUGUAAAGGUUGAGUCUGUUAGUUACUAUAACUACCGUCCAUUUAUUCGCAUUUAAAAAACAACACGUAAGGCCUAAAAGUUUGUUAUUUUACUGU